AUCAACCCACGCACCAUCACCCACAGACGGACCCCGGACAGUACAUGUACAGUUAGAAUACAGGGCAAAUAGCUCAUCAUUCAUGCACGAAUUGCUUUCGUGGUUCGGGGUGGUUUUUGCAAACCUUUCGCUUCUUGUUGUGUUGUUGGUGGACCAUGUGAACGGCUGGGCCUACGCUAGACGGGAUAGCAACUUUCUCCAUGGUGGCUGCUCAGCCAGGAGGUUAGCCACAAUAGUCUGAUGCCUGAUGAUGUUGUGAGUCGAGUACGACCAGUCAACCACCAACGAAUCAAUAAGAGCACACGGAAACCCAAGGCCAGUCUCGACACAUGCAGAAAACUCAUCGUUACACGCUCAGCCAACUCGUCCACCUAACUCGUCCCACCCUCUUCCUCUCUGGUGUGAGAGUGCAAAGGCGUCGAUUUUGUAAGGGAGCGAAGUUGGAUCGAACAGGUGGCUGUGCAAACUGACAACAAACACAGCAGUAUUUAAACCAGCACCGGGACAACGCGAGUGCCCAUGCAUGAUUCUGACACUUGACACUCGGCUGGAGUUCUCUCAGAAAUUGCUUCCGAGCGUGGAGUCGAACACCACACACUGCAAAUGCUUGAAUCAAAUGAUACAUAUCUAAUAAACUAAACAAACAAAAACUGUAUCUUUAUUCCAAAAUUUAAACAAAUAUUUAUACUACGUAGUGUUGAAUAUACCCGUCGGCAAGCAACAUUCAAUUGAUCAACUUUAUGAUUUUCGUGAUUACAAUACAAGGUCAGAGUAUUAUUUGAUUCAAUUGAUGAUAAAAAAAAAGUCAGUCAAGCGCAACCUCCUUUAUACACAAACCCCCAAUCCAGUGCUGUGCAUACCUUAUCUGACGUUUGUGAUUACUAAUUAUUCAUUAUUCAUGUCGCCACCAAGCGACACGAAAGGUAGUGGGAAGAAAGCUGCCGCAUUAGGCACGGGGCUUGCCAGCAGCACGCCGGGCAGCGGAGCUCACAGCAAAUUUGUCGUCACCAAAACGAUGGGUAAUGGGGCCGGAUCGCAAUCGCGGUCCCAUGCACCCAACUCGCAGAAUGGUAAGAGUGAGGACUCGGACCUGGCCAAACUGAAAGCCAGAGUGGCUCGACUGGCUCUGGAUUUACGGGAAAAGGACACCGAACUGCAGAACAUCAAAGAGCAGAUUAAAUCUCGCGAUGGUGUCAUCUCGGAACGGGACAGCGAGAUCGGGAAACUUCGAGAGGAGGUGCACAAACUGCGUUCUGUGUUGCAGCAGAGGACACUUCAAGAUGUGGUCCGGCCGGAUAUCAUGUCUACGAUCUCAGAGGAACACGGAAUGGCCGGAGGAAAUAAGGAACGAAACAAGAAACAAGGAGUUUCCGGAGAAAGUGGUAUUCACAAUAACGUGACGUCGACAUCUGCAGACAACUUACAGAGAUACGAAAAGGAUUCAAGCUCUCGGCAGCUUAUUAAAAAUGCAGUUCUUGAGAAUGACUUCACUAAGAACUUUGACACCGCCCAAGUCAAGGAGAUUGUCGACUGCAUGUACCCCAUGCAAUUUCAAGGAGGUCAGCUUGUCAUCAGAGAGGGCGACGCUGGGGCACAUUUCUAUGUUGCAGCAGAGGGUGGUCUUGAGGUCAGCAAGGCUGGAAAGGUACUCGGCAAGAUGGGACCAGGCAAAGUAUUUGGAGAGUUAGCGAUCCUCUACAACUGCACAAGAACGGCUACAGUCACAGCUGUAAAUGACACCAAGAUCUGGGCGAUUGAUCGUACCGUAUUCCAAGUCAUCAUGAUGAAAACAUCAAUGCAACGACACGAGGAACAUCUCAAGUUCCUCAAAAGUGUUCAAAUAAUGAAGGGGCUGUCAGCAUCGAACCACUUCAAGCUAGCCGAGAGCUUAGAGGUUGAAUUCUUCAUGGCUGGAGAGUACAUUGUUAGAGAAGGAACUCGUGGCGAUACCUUCUUCAUCAUAACCAAAGGAUCGGUACGAGUGACGCAAUUUGUUACGGGCCAGGAUGAGCCUCAGGAGGUCAGACAACUAUCAAAGGGAGAUUACUUUGGUGAAAAAGCUCUACUCAGUGAAGACGUAAGAACUGCAAAUGUCAUCGCGGGAAACAACGGAAGUGAGGUGCUUGUCAUCGAUAGAAUAGUUUUUAAUGAAUUGAUUGGAAACCUGGAUGAAUUACAGAACAAGGAUUACGGGGAUCAAGAACGAGGUGCUGCAAGAUACCAGUCAUCAUCGGACGGUUCCACUGAUAAAAACAGCAACAUCUCAAAAACGAGCAAUACAUCAGAGCCUGAAUCAACACGACAGCGCCGUCUUCAAGAUGAAUAUAAAGAUAUUGAGCUGGAUGACCUGGACAUCAUCGCUACCUUGGGUAUCGGUGGAUUCGGAAGAGUCGAGAUGGUGCAAGUUGCAGGUGACAAGCAAACCUACGCCCUUAAAUGUCUCAAGAAAUAUCACAUCGUGGAGACAAGACAACAGGAGCACAUCUACUCUGAGAAGAAGAUCAUGAUGCACUCCAACAACCCCUUCAUUGCAAAGUUGUAUAAGACAUUUACAGACAGCAAGUAUGUGUACAUGUUGAUGGAGGUUUGUCUAGGAGGGGAACUGUGGACCAUCCUUAGAGACAGAGGGUCGUUUGAUGAUCACACUGCCCGCUUCUGCAUAGCAUGUGUGGUGGAGGCCUUCUCAUAUCUCCAUGGUAAAGGAAUCGUGUAUCGUGACCUCAAACCAGAAAACCUCCUUUUAGACGCCAGAGGAAAUGUCAAAAUGGUGGACUUUGGGUUUGCAAAGUCGAUUGGUUUCGGGCGUAAGACUUGGACAUUUUGCGGCACUCCAGAGUACGUCGCUCCUGAGAUCAUUCUGAAUAAGGGUCACGACUUUGCGGCCGACUACUGGUCGCUAGGAAUUCUUAUAUUUGAGCUUCUCACCGGCAACCCACCCUUUACAUCCUCCGAUCCAAUGAAGACCUACAACAUCAUCCUCAAGGGAAUCGACAUUGUGGAAUUCCCAAAGAAAAUCUCCCGCAGUGCAGCCCUCUUGAUCAAACGACUCUGUCGUGACACUCCGGCCGAGAGGCUUGGCUACCAGAAGAAUGGAAUCUUGGACAUCAAGAAGCACAAGUGGUUCCAGGGAUUUGACUGGGAAGGUUUGAAGAAGCAGACGAUCAUCCCUCCCAUACUGCCCAGGAUACGAUCCUGUGACGAUGCAAGUAACUUUGAUAAUUACGGCAAAGAUCUUGAAGUCCCUCCUGAUGAGCUUUCUGGAUGGGAUGAGAACUUCUAAGAUCUUCUCUUAAUACUGCUCAAGACGUCUUAACGUCUUGGAAUCAGGAAAAUAAAGAAACGACUACAGGGGCCGAUUUCA